AUGGCGACAACAAGAGAGGUGUAUGUUAGGGCUUUAGCUUUUUUUAAUAUCAGAGGAGGUGAUGAUCAGUCCCUGCCUUGUAUCAACUUUAAAAUCAAUUUACUGGUGGAGCGGACUUAUCAAUCUUCCGAUGGAGCCCUUAAAAGCAUCACCAGAGACGGAGACAGACAGCGCAUCAUCAGAGACCUUAUCGGAGAGAUUUCAUCAGAAUAUCCAUAUCACUCCAUAACCUAUGAUCUCCUCUCCACAAUGAUCGAUGGAAUGGAAAUCCCUUUCCCAUUAGAGAAGAUGCAAUGGGAUGGUAACCGUAACUGCAAACCGCAGCAGGCCGAGUUGGAGAACGUGGACGACCUAAUCAUUCGUGUUUUGGACGAGGCUCGUUCCAUGGUGAAUAGUAAUUAUAGUCAGAAUAAGAAGAUAUUGGCGUUGGAUCUCUACAUUGAGAAUAGAGUGAUUUUACCCCGCCAUGAAUUCGAAGCAAUGGACCGGGCCAGAGAGAAGGAAGACCGUGUGUUACGACUUCAUCGAUUGGUUUCUUCCUUUGAUCUCUUUUUGGACUUUUGUAUAAUAACGAGGGAAAUAAAAAAUCAUGUUAGGGACACAGCGCCCAAGGAGAAGGCGUUCUUGGACAACAAGUAUGAACGUGACUUGGAAUUGUCAUUGUUGGAACGAGCUAUGAAGGACUACUUCCAGUCAUUAGAGACGCUCAGAUUUGAAGGUAAUACUAAUAAUGUUGAUGGUGAUGAACAAGUACUUUGUGCCAUUUGUAAAGAUGAGAUAUUAAUUGGUUCGCGGGUCAUUCGCAUGCCAUGCUCUCAUUUAUACCAUGUCUUCUGCAUUGCAGAAUGGCUCAAAAGGAGUCUUAUGUGCCCGUUGUGUCGCUUCAACUUGUCAACCACUUUCCCAAUGUAA